AUGCACGGCGGAAACUACCCAAGGGAAACCGAGGCGCGACGGGCUGGCUGGAGGGACUGCGGUGGUGCGGCAGAAGAGCAGGAGCGCGGCGAAGCUUCCGUCGAGCAGCGCUGGGCACGAGACAAAGAGAGGGAGAGGUGGGAGUCAAGGCGUGAAACAGAGGCUUCACGGGCGCUGGUGGCAGCUUCGCGUGACUGGGCAGUGGGCUCGGUGGUUUCGUGUGGGUACAGCGCGGACGGUGCUUGGUGGCGUCGCGGCACGCGGAUAAGCUUUGGGUUGGACAAAAGUUGGAUGAACUUGCCCGAUAGGCUUCGUUCACCUGCAUACGCCGAGGGGGUUAACACUUUCCUGACCCUAGCUAGAAACCACUCCCGAGGAAUUGAUCGCAUUCGGUGUCCAUGCCGUGAAUGCCGUAAUAUGUUCUUCUUGCCUAUAUUUGAAGUGGAGAGUCACUUGUACAUCAAAGGGAUCAAUCCAAAUUAUACCCAUUGGAUAUUUCAUGGGGAGGAGGAAACACGAAGUUUCAAUGCCGACGACGAAGAUAGUGAAAGAGAUGGUGCUGACGAGUACAUUGAUGACAUGGUCCAUAUGUUAGAUGACAUCCGGUCAGGCACAUUCGUUGAUGUGCCCCAAGAUCAUACAGAUCCAUUACCAACUAGUGGAUCAAUACUAGAUGAUCCCUCCUCAAGUUCAUCUUUCGAUCAGCUACUAGAGGAUGCCCGACGUCCACUUCUUCCUGGCUGUACAAAGUUCUCAAAACUAUCAUUCAUUGUGAAGUUGUUACACAUUAAGACACUGGGUGGAUGGUCAAUAAAGUCGUUUGAUAUGCUACUUAACUUGUUGCGGGCUGCCUUUCCCGAUGCAGAACUUCCACAGUCAUAUGAGGAGUCAAGGUCAAUGGAGCGGAGUCUGGGUUUCAACUAUCACAAAAUUCAUGCAUGUCCCAAUGACUGCAUCCUGUUUUGGAAGGAAAAUGCUUAUCUUAAUGAAUGUCCUACCUGUGAUAUGAGAUGGCAUAAAGAACAACGACUGACUGAUCAGGCUACUAUGAGACAUCCUGCAGACUCAGAGUCCUGGAAGAGAUUUGAUGAAGAACAUAGUUGGUUCGCUCAGGAUGCUCGCAAUGUAAGGCUUGGGAUGGCAAGUGAUGGUUUCAAUCCCUUCAACAAUAUGGCUAAACCGUAUAGCAUUUGGCCAGUAAUCCUAGUCCCGUAUAACUUGCCGCCCUGGUUGUGCAUGAAAGAUCAGUUCUUCAUGACAUCCCUCAUUAUUCCUGGGCCAAAAUCUGCAGGUAAUGACAUCGAUGUAUACUUGCAACCGUUGCUAGAUGAAUUGAUUGAAUUUUGGGAACAUGGGAUACCUACGUUUGAUGCCUCCACAAAGGAAACAUUCAUGUUGCAUGCUGCUUUAAUGUGGACAAUUAAUGACUUCCCUGCUUACGGGAAUCUUUCUGGCUGGUCGACAAAAGGAAAAUUGGCAUGUCCAUCCUGUAAUGAGGGCACAGACUCCAAUUGGUUGAAGUAUGGUAGGAAACAUUGUUAUAUGGGACAUCGUCGCUUCUUGCCGCCAGAUCACAUGUGGAGAAGGAGAAAACAUUUGUUCAAUGGUAAAGAAGAUCAUCGCAUGCUACCAAGUGUUUUAGAAGGAGUUGAUGUUUUAGCUCAACUACAGAUGCUUGGGGACGUGCAAUUUGGUAAAGCACGUCGAAAGAGAAAACGUACUGCUGAAGAGUUGAACUGGACAAAGUAUAGCAUAUUUUUCAAACUACCGUAUUGGGCAACCCUGCGUCUUCGAUAUAAUCUAGAUGUCAUGCAUAUUGAGAAGAAUAUUUUUGAUAACAUCUUGUGGACUUUAAUGAAUGUUCCUGGUAAAACUAAGGAUAACAUCAAUUCUCGACGUGAUUUGGAGAUUUUGGGUUACAGAAAAGAAUUACACUUGAAGUAUGAAGGUGAACGUGUUACAAUGCCACAUGCAUUGUACACAUUACACGGUGAUGAAAGGAAUAAAUUUUGUGAAUGGUUGGCUGAUGUGAAAUUCCCAGAUGGUUUCGCUUCCAAUAUCUCGCGUUGUGUUUCUAUACGUGAUUGCAAAAUUUCGGGAUUGAAAAGUCACAACUGUCAUGUUUUCAUGCAAAGACUACUCCCUAUUGCUGUUGGGGGGUAUUUACGAAGUGAUAUUGCCUUGGCCUUGAUUGAAUUGAGCACUUUCUUCAAGGAGUUGUGUGCCCGAACCCUAGAUGUUAACCGUCUAUCCCAACUCCAAACUGAUAUCAUCACAAUCCUAUGCAAAUUGGAGAUGAUAUUUCCCCCUUCUUUUUUCGAUAUCAUGGUCCACCUAGCUGUCCACUUACCCCGUGAGGCCAUACUUGGAGGUCCAGUACAAUACAGGUGGAUGUAUCCAUUUGAGAGGUAUCUCGGCAAGUUCAAGAGGUAUGUUAAGAAUAAAGCCCGCCCAGAAGGCUCAAUAGCCGAAGCCUACAUUCACAUCGAAUGCUUGACUUUUUGCUCAAUGUAUCUCCAAGAUAUUGAGACGAAGUUUACUCGAAUGGAUCGCAAUGUUGAUGGUGGAGAAGCGGAGAAUAUAGAUGGAUUCAAGAUUUUCAACCAAAAAGUUCGACCCAUUGGUAUGGCUUUAAACUUGCAAUUAUCAAAUAAACUCUUUACGGAAGCCACCUGGUACGUCCUCAACAACUGCGAUGAGAUUGCAUCCUACCUAAAGUAA